ACGAGAAAACAUUUUCGCAAGAGAAAUUAUAAAGAAGAAGAAGAAGUGAUUGUUACUUUGAUUGACAAACAUGGCGGCUAUGCAACUAACGAGAUCAGCUUUUUUCGGUCUUUUCAAGGCUUUCCCUAAAAGCCGAGCUCCUCCAAGAACUCUUGCGGUGGUGAGUGGUCGGAAAAGCUCUCGUGUCUUUUUUGCCUCGUCGGUUAACCAUUCUCAGGGAAGAAAUGAUCCGAUAGAGAAUGCAAGAGAUUCAAGGGCUGAUUUGGCUUAUGAGUCUAAGAAAUGGAGAGAAGAAUCUGGAUACUCAGAGGCAGGCAAAGAGAAUGCUAAAGACAAAGCUUAUGAUAUGAAAGAGAAGACGAAAGACUAUGCAGAACAAACUAAGGAUAAAGUGAAUGAAGGAGCGAGCAGAGCAGCUGACAAAGCUUACGAGACAAAAGAGAGUGCUAAGGACAAAGCUUAUGAUGUAAAAGAGAAGACGAAAAAUUAUGCUGAGCAAACUAAGGAUAAAGUAAACGAAGGAGCGAGCAAAGCAGCUGAUAAAGCCUACGAGACGAAAGAGAAGGCAAAGGAAAAAGCUUAUGAUGUGAAAGAGAAGACAAAAGAUUAUGCAGAACAAGCAAAGGAUAAAGUGAACGAAGGAGCGAGCAGAGCAGCUGACAAAGCGUAUGAGACGAAAGAGAAAGCCAAGGACAAAGCGUAUGAUGUGAAAGAGAAGACAAAAGAUUAUGCGAAAGAGACUAAGGAUAAGGUGAAUGAAGGUGCAAAUAGAGCCGCAGAUAAAGCGGAAGAGACUAAAGACAGAGCCAAGGAAUAUCCAGGGGACUCAAAGGAGAGAGCUGAUGAUAUGGCUCAUGGGCUUAAGGAAAAGGUUCAAGAUGUUGGGGAGAAGACUAUGGAGACUGUGAAAGAUGCAUGGGAGACUGCAAAGAGCACGGCUCAGAAAGUGACUGAGGCGGUGGUUGGGUCCGGUGAGGAGGCAGAUAAGGCCCGGGAUGAUGUUGAUAAAGGCUUGGAAGAUUUGUCGAAAAAGGCAAAGGAAAAUCGGAGAGACGAUGAUGAUUUCAAGAGGUUCUAAGUUCACUAAGCAUCUGUGUUGUUUUUAACUAAGUCAAAAGAGUUGCUCUCUGUUUGUUAUAAUGUUUUGUUUCAGAACUUUGAUAGCAUGGUUUUUAAACUUUUUACAGUCACUCUUCUAGGUUUUGAGAUUGAUCUGUAAAGAGACGAUCAUGUGAAUCGUCAAAGUCUAAAUCUUACGCUUUUUAUUUUAUUUUAUACGAGA